CUGUCACAGCUCGCGUCUCAGCUCCACACAAGGUGCACUGAGCUCCUUGCGAACAAAGCUGAGAAUAGAAAGGGGAGCCGUUCUUGAUGUUUCGCGGACACCAACUGUCUGCACAAUUCCAAUUCAUCUCUUACCCACAUAUUCCAUCAAUUAAUACCGACAAGGCGACAUGGUUCCAGUGAAUCGUCGCCGACAAGCCAACGAAGCCAUUCAGCGUUGUCCUUCAGGAUACUUCAAAUCUUCAGAGUAAUCUUUCAUGUUCGCGCACUAUUCAUCAAUCCAUCCAAGUUCGUCCGCUUAAACACCGAGCGUUUCCUGACCUUGCGCGGACACACCGGUCACACUUUUUGCUCUUAGCCACCAUAUGAUACACAAAAAGACCAAUAGCCUUCGUUUACUCUCCAAGCGAAGUUCUAAACGCUUUGUCAAACAGGCCCAAACGACGAACCGUUUAAAACAGCGCACUAAGCACAAGAACCCCCUGACUGCGCAGGCGCAGUCAAUCCGUCCAGUGGGACGACCCGGGACGAGCGCGGGGAGCAUGGACGCCUAACUCUAUGCACAUUCUACACAAACUUUACAUAGCAUAGAAGCGUGGGGCACGUCGGAAGUUCUUCUCACUGUACUCGAGAUUCCUCGCGCUUGGACUCAUACUUUCUAGCCGGAAGGUUACAUUGUGUUCUCAGGUCAACCAAGAGCGUAGGCGGCCACCAGCUCAAGAGAUCUCAGCACCUUCGGCAAGAGAUUACCUGAGAACCAGGUUACCAUCCAGGGUACUUUUGGAUAUUGCAUAUAUACUAGCGGUGAUUCAUCUCUCGUUUAAUUUGCGUAUCUCCUACACGGUUAUGAAUAGACGGUUGCUUGGUGUCUAUUUACUCCGUAUUUCAACAGAAACUUUUACGAUUUCAAGUCAAACGAGGUAAGCACAAUUUCCGUAUAUCCUUGAGAGAUCUUGACCCGGUCCUGGCACGUCCGGCAUCAUUAUUGUGGAUCUUUUGACCGUCUUAUUCCUGUUAUCGGAGAGCCUGAUGAAAACCGGCUAGGGUCCGGGAGUACCCAUCCGCCUUUAGACAUCUCUAUUCAACUCGACAGUCAUAGAUCUGACCAAUGCUAGCUUCACUCUUCCCCAAUUCAGGUUGAGGAUGGAAGUUAUGCCUUGCACAAUAUAUUCCGUCUGAAUAAACUGGAUCUUGUUUCGGCCCCCUGAUUGGUGCGCUGGAUUCCUGUGGGCCCCUUCCGCGGAGAGUCCGCGGAAGGAAGGAAAAAGGGGUCUUGGCACCAGGUCCAGGAGCCCGGGGCGGGAUUCCACUCAGCGGAAUCCAGAAGGACAGGAUGAGGCAUCGGCCAACUGCAAUACGCACUCAUAGCAGGUACAGCCCGAUCCGAGGACCGCCCGAGGACUCCGGUGCGAUGCCCGUAGCACUCAUUAUAUUCACCCUAGAUCGGCCCAACAGUUUGUAUAAAGGAGCAACAAUCGUGAAAUGCUCAUCUGAUUCCAUAGAGCAUUGACCAUUGUGCUCAAGACAUCAUCCGGAAAUAUAUCUUAUUUUUGCUGUAUUUGCCGUGGCAGCGAUCUUUAAGUCAACAUGGUAGAGAGAGAGCUGGCGUCCCUUCCAACUACUCCAGAUCAUUCCUCGCUGCCUAUGGCGGCGAUUGAGAGUGCCACAACAGCCGUAAAAGCGAGUUCACGUGAGUCCCAUUCCAACCGUUGCCUGUUGAUGCCCUUUACCUGAGUAGAAUGGGACAUUAGUGUUCGCAUCUGUUUGACAAAUAUCGGGGUACUGCGACAGGCAUCAUGAUCGCUGGGUCGUCGAUUGGUGGUAUUAUCUGGCCAAUCAUGCUAGAUCAGCUCUUGAAUAAGCAUCAGAGGAGCUUUGGCUGGUCAUUCCGAAUCGUGGGAUCUGUGAUGAUACCUCUCUGCCUUCUCAUCACAUUAGCAAUUCGAGUGCCUUCAAAGAGGAACGAUGCGAGGCAAGCAGACAAUGCCAACAGGGGAGCAAAUAACGGGCCCAGCAAGGAAAAAAAGCCCGAUAUCUCCAUCGUGAAAAAUCCCACUUUCAUCCUGCUCUGUAUCGGAUUGUCUGUCGCAACAUUUGGUCUCUUCGCACCACUGUUCUUUAUCCCGACGUAUGCAGUGGCGAAUGGUCUUUCGGCCAGUCUAGCGUUUUACCUCAUCUCAAUGCUCACCGGCGCCUCCCUAGUGGGAAGAGUGUCGACGGGGUAUCUCGCCGACAAGUACGGGAAUCUCAACCUGUGCUUCGUUACAACUGCACUCACGGGUGUAAUUGCUAUGUGUUGGACCAAGGCCACCAGCAAGGCGGCAAUUAUAAUCUUCGCUUUGGCUUAUGGCUAUACUUCUGGUGCUAUGUUCAUUUUGCAAACACCUUGUGCGGUGCAGCUAGCCACGCCGGAGUCUCGUGGCACCGCGAUCGGACUUCUCAUGAUCGCCCCUGCUCUUCCCGGGCUUGUCGGCACUCCAAUUAGUGGGCGCUUAGUUCCCAAAGGCUAUCUCGCACUCUCCAUGUAUGCAGGCGCGUUUCUUGCAGGUUCCGCCCUGAUCCUCUGGGCACGCCUGCGCCAAAAUUCGAAGGUGCUUAGCAAGGUGUGA